CGCGGAGAGAGGGUUCGAAGAUGGCGGCGCGCAAGGGUAGGCGGCGCACGUGUGAAACCGGGGAACCCAUGGAGGCCGAGUCCAGCGACGCAGGGACCGAAGGCCCGGCCCAGGUCUACCUGCCCGGCCGCGGACCGCCCCUGCGCGAAGGAGAGGAAAUGGUCAUGGACGAGGAGGCCUACGUGCUGUACCACCGAGCGCAGACUGGAGCCCCCUGUCUUAGCUUCGACAUAGUCCGAGAUCACCUGGGAGACAGCCGGACACAGCUUCCUCUUACACUUUACCUGUGUGCUGGGACCCAGGCGGAGAGCGCCCAGAGCAACAGACUGAUGAUGCUUCGGAUGCAUAAUCUGCAUGGGACAAAGUCCCCGCCAUCGGAGGGCAGCGAUGAGGAGGAGGAGGAGGAAGAUGAAGACGAUGAAGAAGAGCGGAAGCCUCAGCUGGAGCUCGCUAUGGUGCCCCACUAUGGCGGCAUCAACCGAGUCCGGGUGUCAUGGCUGGGCGAGGAGCCGGUGGCUGGUAUAUGGUCAGAGAAGGGCCAGGUGGAGGUGUUUGCACUACGGCGGCUUCUGCAGGUGGUGGAUGACCCCCAGGCCUUGGCGACCUUCCUCCGGGACGAGCAGGCCCGUGUGAAGCCCAUCUUCGCCUUCGCGGGCCACAUGGGCGAGGGCUUUGCACUGGACUGGUCCCCCCGGGUGUCUGGGCGCCUGCUGACUGGUGACUGUCAGAAGAACAUCCACCUCUGGACGCCCACAGACGGCGGCUCCUGGCACGUGGACCAGCGGCCAUUUGUGGGCCACACACGCUCUGUGGAGGACCUGCAGUGGUCCCCAACUGAGGACACAGUGUUCGCCUCCUGCUCAGCUGAUGCCUCCAUUCGCAUCUGGGACAUUCGGGCUGCCCCCAGCAAGGCCUGCAUGCUCACCACCGCCGCCGCCCACGACGGGGAUGUCAACGUGAUCAGCUGGAGCCGCCAGGAACCCUUCCUGCUCAGCGGCGGGGACGACGGGGCCCUCAAGAUCUGGGACCUGCGGCAGUUCAAGUCUGGCUCCCCGGUGGCCACCUUCAAGCAGCACGUGGCCCCCGUAACCUCGGUCGAGUGGCAUCCCCAGGAUAGCGGGGUGUUCGCGGCCUCGGGUGCAGACAACCAGAUCACACAGUGGGACCUGGCCGUGGAGCGCGACCCUGAGGCAGGCGACGUGGAGACCGCCGACCCCGGGCUGGCGGACCUCCCCCAGCAGCUCCUGUUUGUGCACCAGGGCGAGACAGACCUGAAGGAGCUGCACUGGCAUCCACAGUGCCCCGGGCUCCUCGUCAGCACCGCCCUGUCGGGCUUCACCAUCUUCCGCACCAUCAGUGUCUGACCAGCCCCGCCUGGCCUUUCCCACAGCCACCGAGGUUGGCGUUGGUUCCGCUGGGAGGGACUCCUUCAGGUCAGCUGACCAGCCCUCCUCCGAUAGAAGGACUUGGCCCUUCAGCCGCCAUGACGGAUUGUUUGACGUUUUGUUCUUUGAAAGGACUUGAUUUGGUCCCACGACCCCUCUUGCCAACCGAUCUGGUUUGACCCAUGACUGUAGAACUACU